AAGCCACGUGUAACAACAGCCCAACACAUCCUGAUUCCACCAACCCCUUGUUCAUUUCCUUUCCUCCAGUUCCUCGUCUUCUACGCAGACCCCCGUUGAAGCCUAGGGUUUAGCGGCUACACUUCUCUUCUAGCUAGUUGGCGACCACCGUUUACGCUAAACCACCCGCGCGGCCGAUGGACGUCGACUCGGACCCGGCCGCCUCGAGCAAGCCCACGCAGAUGGACCUCGAGGACCAGACGGACACAAAGGGGAAGGGAAAGGCGGAGGAGGGGAACGGGAAGGGCGAGGAGCUCGCGGACUCCAUCGGUAGCCUCUCUAUCGGCCCGGGGCGCACCAAUUUCAAGAAGAAGCCUGUGAUUAUCAUCGUCAUCGGCAUGGCCGGGACGGGGAAGACGACCUUGAUGCACCGGCUGGUAUGCGAUACACAAGCAUCAAAUAAGAGGGGCUACGUCGUCAACCUGGACCCUGCAGUGAUGACCCUGCCAUUCGGUGCCAACAUUGAUAUUCGUGACACUGUGCGGUAUAAGGAUGUGAUGAAGGAGUACAGCCUUGGUCCCAAUGGCGGCAUCCUCACCUCGCUUAACUUGUUUGCCACCAAGUUCGAUGAGGUUGUAUCUGUCAUUGAAAGACGUGCAGAACAAUUGGAUUAUGUACUGGUGGACACUCCUGGUCAGAUUGAGAUCUUCACUUGGUCAGCUUCAGGAGCUAUCAUUACGGAAGCUUUUGCAUCGACGUUUCCAACAGUUGUAGCAUAUGUUGUUGACACUCCGAGAUCAACAAACCCUGUUACUUUUAUGAGCAACAUGCUUUAUGCCUGUAGUAUUCUCUACAAAACUCGCCUUCCUCUAGUCCUGACAUUCAACAAGGUUGAUGUUGCCAAGCAUGAGUUUGCCAUUGAAUGGAUGCAGGACUUUGAGGCAUUUCAGACAGCUGUGGAAUCUGACAAAUCAUACUCCGCUACAUAUACCCGAAGCCUCUCUCUGGUUCUUGACGAAUUCUACAAUAAUUUGCGCUCUGUUGGAGUAUCUGCGAUUUCUGGUUCUGGAGUCAAUACAUUUUUUGAAGCUAUAGAAGCCAGCGCCAAGGAAUACAUGGAAACCUACAGGGCUGAUCUUGACAAGAGGAUUGCUGAAAAGGAAAGAUUGGAGGAAGAGCGCAGGAAGGAGAAUAUGGAAAAAUUGCAGAAAGAUAUGAUGAAAUCCAAAGGACAAACUGUGGUGCUCACCACUGGUUUGAAGGAAAAAAAUUCUGUUUCAGACAUGAUGGAUGGUGCUGAUGAGGAGGAAGAAGAGGAAGCAUUGGAAGAUUUUGGGUUUUCUGAGGAUGAUGAAGACGAAGACGAAGGAGAAGAUGAGGAGGUGGCUCAUUUUGGCUUUUGAGGGGAUCCAAUAGUUACUUGUUGGUGUGUCUUACUGAGAGUCCAUAUGGGGCUACUUGCUGAAGUGGAAUGAAGAACUGUCAAUAUCAGUAGGUUGUUGACUUUGCUAUUAGUCUACUCUUUUAAAUUCUGGUGCCCCACUGCUGGCUAUUUAUGCUAUAUAUUUGGGACCUCAUGUCAAAGUUUAUCUCGUCGCUGAGCUGUACUAAUCAUAUUAAUUGUACGUGCGAGUAAGAAGUUGAUGGGUCAAGUUGUGUGU